CUGACACAGUGUAUUCCGUUGUUUUGAUGUGAGAAGAGCCUUUGUUUUUGGUUUCGACGUAUUGCUACGUUAGUUAACCGCUAUUCUUUAUUAAUAACAUUUUCGCUACUCUUUUUUUUCUUUUCUUCCUGAUCGAGUCGCUGAAAAAGGAGCGACUUGAUCCCGCUAAUACAAUUCGCUUUGUGGAAAUCAGGUCAAAAGGGAUGCCGCUGCAGAAAGACUCCGACGGACGCCAACAGUCUUUGGAUUUAAUCUCAUCGCAUAUAAUCGGAGAAAGCAGCUUCUGUAUAAAAUUAAAAGCCCUCAGAAUAAUUCCUGCUCGACCGAGUGCUUCUGAAAGAUACCCGAGCUUGAGUUCACACUAAGGCUCGGUGGCGAACACAGAGAAGAGGCGUAACAACAAUUAGCAAGUGCUAGCGUUAGCAGAGGAACAACAACAACAACAGCGGAUCGUUGAUUUUUCUGUAAGUGUUCGGUUAAGAGGUCAGAUUUUUACGGGGACUUGGAUUUAAAAGCUUUUGCUGUGUGACUGCGGUGAGAAGGCUUUUGUUGCCAUGAAGCUGUUGGAAAACUCCAGUUUUGAAGCUCUCAGCUCCAGACUUUGCGUUGAAACUGGAGAAUCUCGUAUCAUUGGAAGGAUUGAGAGCUACUCCUGCAAGAUGGCUGGUGAUGAUAAGCACAUGUUUAAACAGUUCUGCCAGGAGGGGGAGCCGCACGUCCUCGAGGCUCUGUCCCCUCCCCAGUCCACAAGUGCUACCAGCCCCUCCCAGCUGGGAAGGAGCAGUGAGGAUGGGGAGAACCCUCUGAGUGACAAGUGCUGCAGGAAGACGCUUUUCUACCUCAUCACCACGCUGAACGAGUCCUUCAGGCCGGACUAUGACUUCAGCGCCGCACGCGCCCACGAGUUCAGCCGAGAGCCCAGCCUAAACUUUGUGGCGAAUGCGGUCAACGGCAGCCUGUUCUCAGUGGUGGGAGAGGACUUUAACUCUCUGGGGCCUGAGCUGUGGAACGCCAUCGACCAGGAGAUAACCCUGCAGAGCUGUGACAUUUACAGCUACAACCCAGAUCUGGAUUCUGACCCUUUUGGUGAAGAGGGGAGCCUCUGGUCUUUUAACUACUUCUUCUACAACAAGAAACUGAAAAGGAUUGUCUUUUUUACAUGUCGCUCUGUCAGCGUCAUGAGUGGCUACGGCUGUGGAAGUCUUGAGCAUGAGCUGGACAUGGAGCUGGACGACGAAGAGGAGAUGGAUGGCUUUUCUAUGGACAAGUGCCCCAGGGCUCUGUGUGUGUAGACUUUGGAAACCCCUGGUUCAAAGAACAUCAUCAUCUUUUCCUCCUGCCCUCCUUUUGCUUCCGUUUUUUUUUUUUUUUUUUUUUUUUUUGUGAUAUAUUUGCUGUCUGCCUCAAAGCCAUUUUAACUCUUUGGACUAAUGCAUGUUUCAUAGCUAUUGAUGAACUGAUGUGAUGGACGUUUGGUGAAAAUGCCACACAUUCAUUUGUUUUGGGUUUUUUUUUUUCCAACCACAAACCUGGAGUUUCUAAACAGACUUUGAUGGAUGGAGUCGUCAUCUUCUUUCCAAAAAGGAUUCCAGAAUACACCAGCAACAGGAGAAACAUACACACAUUUUUCAAUUCGACAAAGAGGCUCAUGGGAAACAACAGACUCCUGAAUAUAUGUGCUACUUUUGUGUUUAACGUGACGUUGGUGUUACUGUGAAUACUAGUUUUUCUUACUGAGAUCUGUCUUCUGGUAGAGCUGUUCUAGCAAAUGUUUUGACCUGUUUGAGCAGCAGGACACUCCUCACAUCCCCACUGCAGCUUGGAAACAUAUAGGCUUGUAUCUGUCUCCAAUGUUAAUGUCUGUGAGGUGUGUUUUGUCUUUGAAAGUGGAUUGUGUAGUACAGACUAAAAGACAAAAAUGAUUCUUUUUUUCCUUGAUUGGAAUCUCCUGAAUGUCAAUAAAACAGGUAUACAUCC